UCAACAUUUACCUUUUUAAAAUGUCAUAUACUUAGUUAAAUUUAUAGUAAUUUUUUAAUAAGGAAAAUUCGUUGUAUAUCCUUUUCAAAAUGGUGAUGGGACAAUUUGUAACCACUUACAGAAAGGAUUAUCUUUGGCCCUAUGUAAAAACUCUUGGACUAAGGCCCGAACCUGAUCACAUAUAUAGUCCCCAAUAUCGGGAUCAAAUAUACUGCAAGUGUCACUGCCUACCUGCUUUGCCAGCUACCAGUCAACAGAGAACUUUGAUUGGUCCAGAAGCUCUACAAGAUGAAGAAUGGAGUCGUCUUGGACCAAUGGGUCCACUUUUGGAACCAAAAGUUUUUACUGCUAAAGUUUCAGCAGCUCCCGAAUCUGAAGUCAGUAGGUUCAAUCAACCCAAUGUUUUUAUGGCCAAGAUAAAAGAAAAAUAUCCAUUUAUAUAUGAAUGUCUGAGGACAGCACCUCCUGAUGAUUUGAUCGCAAGAAUUAACAAAGAUAGAUUAGCCAGCAGCUAUCAGGUUGAUUACUGCCACAAACUAGAUCCUUUCGUUUUAAAAGAGCCAAUACAACAAAAUUGUCCCAGAUCUCCUCCAGGGCCCUAUUACAGACCGUAUGAUCUACAUUCCUGUCUGGUGUUUAACAAAGAUCUUCAAGCAAUUUGUGAUAAAAAUAAUGAUCAGAAAACUUCCUGUAUGCAUGAAAACUACUUUAAUGAAAUUACCAGAUGGCAGCCUUUUGAAAAACGGCCUUUUCCCUCUUCCGAUAUUGUAGACAAAUGGGGUAAAAUGAUAUUUAGAAGAAAAGGUCGUAGAAGUCAUAGUUGAUGAAUAUAUUAGUAAUUAGAGACAUGCAAAAAAAUUGGUUCAUUUUAAAAAUAAGAUGUAUUAUAAUAUUUGAUUAACAAGAAUGUAAUAAAGUUUUGUAAAUUAUCUAGCA